UUAAGACCCCACGGGCCGAGGUCAAGGGCUCGCGGCGCCGGCAGAACAGAGCGAACAUGUUGCGGAGUGGGUUCGCGCGCCUCGGGACGCGGCUCUGUCUCCUGCGCGGAGCCGACCCGGCCCGCCCCGGGAGCACCCGCCGCUGCCUGGUCUCCUGCAUCGACCCUUCCAUGGGACUAAAUGAGGAGCAGAAAGAAUUUCAGAAAGUGGCCUUUGACUUUGCUGCCCGGGAGAUGGCGCCAAAUAUGGCAGAAUGGGACCAGAAGGAGCUGUUCCCUGUGGAUGUGAUGCGGAAAGCAGCGCAGCUGGGCUUCGGGGGUGUCUACGUCAGCACGGAUGUAGGGGGCUCUGGACUGUCCCGGCUGGACGCCUCGGUCAUCUUUGAAGCCUUGGCUACGGGCUGCACCAGCACCACCGCCUACAUCAGCAUCCACAACAUGUGUGUCUGGAUGAUCGACACCUUCGGGAAUGCGGAGCAGAGACGCAAGUUCUGCCCUCCACUCUGCUCCAUGGAGAAGUUCGCUUCCUACUGCCUCACCGAGCCAGGAAGUGGGAGUGACGCCGCCUCACUUCUGACAUCGGCUAAGCUGCAAGGAGACCAUUACAUCCUCAACGGCUCCAAGGCCUUCAUCAGCGGAGGUGGCGAGUCGGACACCUACGUGGUCAUGUGUCGCACGGGGGGGCCGGGCCCCAAGGGCAUCUCAUGCAUCGUCAUCGAGAAGGGGACCCCUGGCCUCAGCUUUGGCAAGAAGGAGAAGAAGGUGGGGUGGAACUCACAGCCCACCCGUGCCGUGAUCUUCGAAGACUGCGCGGUGCCUGUGGCCAACAGGAUUGGGAGCGAGGGCCAGGGCUUCCUCAUCGCCAUGAAGGGACUGAACGGGGGGCGGAUCAAUGUCGCGUCCUGCUCCCUGGGGGCUGCCCACGCAUCCGUCGUCCUCACCCGGGACCACCUCAAUGUCCGCAAGCAGUUCGGAGAGCCCCUGGCCAGUAACCAGUACCUGCAGUUCAAGCUGGCCGACAUGGCCACCCGGCUGGUGGCCUCGAGGCUGAUGAUCCGCAACGCGGCCGUGGCGCUGCAGGAGGACCGGGAGGAUGCCGUGGCCCUGUGCUCCAUGGCCAAGCUCUUCGCCACGGACGAAUGCUUCGCUAUCUGCAACCAGGCCCUGCAGAUGCACGGGGGCUACGGGUACCUGAAGGACUACGCUGUGCAGCAGUACGUGCGCGACUCCAGAGUCCACCAGAUCCUGGAAGGUAGCAACGAAGUGAUGAGGAUGCUGGUGUCCCGCAGCCUGCUGCAGGAGUAGCGCCCAGCCUCGAGUCUGGCCAGGGGGCUGCUGCGGUUAAAAACCAGGGCUGAGCGCCUGUGAGGGGGUCGCGGGAGGAGGACACCUCCACGACUGCAGCAGUGGCCCCUGAAGGCAGGGCUGGGUAGCAGCGCCCUCUGCAGACAAGUCUGGGCAGCAGCACCCUCUGCUCGCAGGGCUGGGCAAGCCUUUGCAGACCGGACAGUGUCAAAUGCUGACCACAUGGGUGUCUGGGAAAGGUGACUGGGAGGAAUCCCCACUCACGCCAAAGCCCUUUCUCCGGCCCACGUGGUCUUGCUGUUUCUGCGUCUUACUGCUUCACCAAAUCCUUCCAGAGGUCUGAGUACUUGGCGUGGUGCACAGGUGGGGGCGUGGUGGAGACACUCCAGUGCCCAAGUCGAGGCCCCUCGUCCCAGCAUCCUCAGAGCACUCCAGCCGAGGAAGGGUAGGGAGGAAGUGAGUGUCUGAACGUCUGAGCGAGCCCUGACGUGGGCAGCACCACUUGGGUGCUCAGCGCUGAGGUCAUUUGGAACUUUGUUGGUGGUGGUCUGGGGCCUGGGGUUGGUGCUCAGAGCCCCUCCUUGCCCUUCCUGAUCUGUUACUUUGGGUAUAUAUUUUUUCUGAAUCCUUGCUUUUUUAAAAUUAGUCCUCUUUUGAAGUAUUUUUAAUGACUACAUUGAUAAAUAAAAUUGACUUCUCCAUAAUAGCUCCAGUUCUAAUGAAGUGGCUUUUUAGUUUAUCUUUAUUUCUCUCUAAUAUCUUUUGC